AUGAAGAUCAUGACCCGGUUCAAAUCCGAGAGAAUCGCCAAGUUUGCAUUUGACUUUGCCAAGAAGAACAACCGUAAGUUGGUCACCGCCAUCCACAAGGCCAAUAUCAUGAAAUUGGGAGAUGGUUUGUUCCGUCAAACCGUGAAAGAUGUGGGUCAAUUGUACUCGGGAAUCGAGGUCAAUGAUCUUAUUGUCGACAAUGCCUCGAUGCAAGCUGUGGCCAAGCCUCAUCAAUUCGACGUUUUGGUCACCCCCAACCUUUAUGGUUCUAUUUUAUCCAAUAUUGGUGCUGCUUUAAUUGGGGGUCCAGGUUUGGUUCCCGGUGCCAACUUUGGUAGAGAGUACGCCGUUUUCGAGCCAGGAUGUCGUCACGUUGGUUUGGACAUCAAGGGUCAAAACACCGCCAACCCAACCGCCAUGAUUUUGUCGGCUGCCAUGAUGUUGAGACACUUGGGACUCAACGACCACGCCGACCGAAUUUCCCGUGCCACUUAUGAUGUGAUUGCCGACGGUAAGAUCAGAACCAAGGACAUUGGGGGUUCGUCGUCCACCACCGAGUUUACCGAUGCCAUUUUGGCCAAGUUGAACUAG